CGCAAGUGGAGUGCACGCGUUACACAUUGUGCUCUUUCGAUGUUGGCCAACGCGGCCCGAAAAGAUCUGUUGGCAGGUCCCCAAGCCUUUCCGUUUUGGGCCGAGGGGGGUCGAUUUCCCAGGUCGCGAAUUCUGAUUUCACCUGUGCGACCCGCUCCACUUCUGGGUCAGGAAUAAACGUGACCCCCGGCACACGUCGGAGCUUGUCUCAGCCACCAAUCAAUUCUUUUCUUAGAUUCACCUCAGCUUUUUCGGCAGCGCAGCCCGAAGCGCCACUUUACAUUCCACGCGCCGCAGUCGGGCAGACAUCGACUUAACUUCCUGUUACCUUUGUCGCAACAUCACCUCCUGCUCGCGGGCAAACGGCCUUGAGACUGCUCGUAGGCUCCCUGGAGAAGAAGCCAGCCAAGACCAAAGUCCGUUUGCUUCCAGUCAGUGAGUAUCAAGGCGCGUAUCUUGUCGCCAUGACAAGUUAUCGACCCCAGCGCCCGCGCGGCGAAGGCGGAGGCGGAGGCGUACGUGACAGCUACCACCCGCGCGAUGAUGGCAGACGUGGCCAGUAUCGGCCUCAGCCCAACUCGUACAGCGACUAUAGCAAUACGCGCAACUCGCACCAUCCCCCGCCGCCUGGCUUCGACAGCUUCCACCCUCCCCAGGGAGAGUUCACCUUUCGCGCCGAGAAGCCGUCCGGAAUCCAAGAGUCUCGCUUCGAUGGUGAUGGCGGCGGCGGCCGUCAUCAUCGCGACCGAGAGCAUGAUCGUGAUCGCGACCGCAAUCGCAGAAGCCACCGCCCCGACUAUGGCCGCAGGGGUGCCGAGCGCGAUGGAGGCGGCAGAGGCCGACCGUACCACGCCCAACAUUAUAUGCCUAACCGGCGCCUGCCCUCCGCCCGCCCCAUCCUGACUACCACACUUGACUCCAACAAGGAGCUGUCUUUUAAAGAGAGUGCUAGCGGUGUCACGUACAGAACGCUAGGCGAGCUGUCGGACAGUGACGACGCCGAGAUGGACAUCUCAGACAACGAACAGGAGGGUGACUCGGAAGAGCCUAGUGGCCACGGCAACAAGAAGCGGCGGCUCGCCGCUGGAGAUACUUCUGGAAACAGUGUCCCCAAGUGGUCCAAUCCGGACCCUUACACGGCUGCUCCCCCACCCGACAUUUCACAGCAGAAGAAGAAGGACGUGGUCCAGCUGAUCCGCAAGGCUCGCGUGCAGCCCGCUGUGGGGUCCAAGCCUGCCGUCCCGGAGAGCGCAGAUUUUAUCUCGUGUAACCUGGACGAUAGUGACGACGAGGAUUAUGUUGUGCUUCGGCCUGAUAAUUCGGGACGCGGCGACCAGUUGGAAGCCUCGCUGGUGUCAAAGGCCCCACCCACAGCGUCGCUGCCUCGCGCCCCAACCUCAAACUCGGGCGGGAAGCCGUCUGGUGUUGGCCAUCCCGCCAAACCACUCUCGCUUCCCAAUCGACCUCCUCCUCCUCCCGCAGACCUGGGCAGUCGCAAGCGCACCCAUGACGACGAGAUCAAAGUGCCUGACCACGCCAAACUCAAAAAGCACUCGACCAAGAUGUCUGCUGGCGUUGUCUCCCCCGAAUGGCAGCCCGUCCACGGAGGGAACUCGUGCCCGUGGGUAACGAUGGAUCAUUCGGAGCUCCAUUAUGUGUCUGUCUGGCUCGACAAGGAAAUUAAAGACUUCUACGACUACGUGAAGCCCACUCACUUCGAGGAGAAGCUUAGGCAGAGCUUGGUGGACGAGCUUGUGACGCACGUUAGGCGUACGUGGAACGAUGCCUCGGUUUACCCUUUUGGCUCCUUCAAGUCGGGUCUCUAUCUGCCCACGGGCGACAUGGAUCUCGUGUUCUGCUCAGACAAGUACCUGAGCCGUCACAUUGCCCAGUACACUCCCAAGAAGCAGGUUUUCCACUUCGCCCGCUUCGUGGAGAAGCGAGGGCUGGCUCACCAACACCGAGUCGAGAGGAUUCACAAGGCCAGGGUUCCGCUGGUCAAGUACGUUGACGCGCGGACCGGUCUCAAGGUUGACAUCUCGUUCGAGAACUCGACUGGAAUCACUGCUGUCAACACAUUUCUCGCGUGGAAGGAGGAGUUUCCCGCCAUGCCAAUCCUCGUGACCGUCAUCAAGCAUUUCUUGGCGAUGCGGGGCCUUAACGAGCCUGUUAAUGGCGGCCUUGGUGGCUUCUCCGUUAUCUGUCUGGUGGUCAGCAUGCUGCAGAUGAUGCCCGAGGUUCAGAGCCGCGCCAUCCUCCCUGGCCAGCACCUCGGGGAGCUCCUUCUCCACUUCUUUGACUUGUAUGGAAACAAGUUCCAGUAUCAGAAGAUGGCAAUCUCUCUGAAGCCGCCCCGAUAUGUGCCCAAGAACAAGGUUCAGACAUUCGCCUACAAGAACUCUGAUAGGUUCUCUAUCAUCGACCCGAACGAUCCAGAGAACGACAUCUCGGGCGGCUCGUCCAACAGCCACACCGUUCAGGAGGCCUUUUCGCGGGCGUACGACCAGCUGCGCGAUCGCAUCGCCUUCCUCGCGCGCUCUCCAGUCAAUGCACCUUUCUCGAGCGUCCUCGAGCCCAUCUUCGCUGGCAACUACACCUCGUUUGAGGAUCAGCGUCGGCACAUGCAAACCUUGUGGGAUAGGUCCAACCGUGGACGACGGUAGCCGUCUUGGCCCGGUCGAGGUCUCGCCCAGCCGUAGCUAGGCCGCAUCCGGCUCUCAUCCCCUUUCCACCUUAGACGGGAGCAUAUACGGCAGGCCACUGUUCGCGGCAACUCAUUUCUUUCCUUUGUUUUCUGUCUUCUGUUUUUUCGUUGCGAAGGUAUCUGGCCCCAGGUCCAUGGCACGGCGUUUUGGAGGGCGGGCAAAAUGUUUUUUUGCUACUCGGUUACGGCCGAGAGUCUCACGAUUACGGCGCCACUCACGUUUCCAGGAGCCGCUGGCACGUCGGUCACGAUGCCACCGACGACGAUGUGCGAUCUCCCUUCGAUGUCUUAACAGGUACCCCCUUCUGAGCAGACAAGACGCUCACUUUCCUUCAGUUACAGCUUGACGGGCGAAGCUUGCCAGUCGGGUUUCUUCAUGUAUCAUAGCACGGGAGUAUGGCCCUCUUGCCCGGCACGAUAUUUUCCAUGUCGGGUUCCCUCCCCCGUUUUUUGCCAUGCUCUCCAUCCGCAAAGGGACGGCCGACCUUGGCCUCUGGCCCCGAGUCAUCUUUUUCACCCCCUCGACUCGAGGCAUAGCCUUGAUUUUACCGAAUCGAUCUCCGGAUACUCCGGUUUCUCCGCC